AUGGCUGCUCGUCAUUCCCGCAGACUCUUGCGACCUUUGCUUUAUACUUCGGCUGCAGCGGCUGCAGGAGCUGGUGUUCUGUACAUCUCCUACCGUCCCCGCAACAUCCCUGGCUCGGAAGCUCCUGCCGUACCACCGCCUGGCUAUCACGAGGGAAAACUUGUUCCUCCGAGCUUUCCCUCAAUUAAGUCGCGUCUGGAACAGAUUCAGGAUUUGAAGCGCAGUUCCAGUGGUGAUGAUUCAGAUGUGUAUGACCUCCUUGUUAUCGGUGCUGGCGCCACUGGGUCAGGUAUCGCCUUGGACGCAGCGACACGAGGUUUAAAGGUGGCGGUUGUCGAAAGAGACGACUUCAGUUCUGGGACAAGUAGUAAGAGCACGAAACUGGUCCACGGCGGCGUCCGCUACCUGGAAAAGGCUGUAUGGGAACUGGAUUACAACCAGUACAAACUUGUCAAGGAAGCCUUAAGGGAGCGCAAAUACUUUUUGAACACUGCUCCUCACCUCUCCAGCUGGCUUCCUAUCAUGGUUCCCGUUCAGAAGUGGUGGCAAGCUCCCUAUUUCUGGGCUGGUACCAAGUUUUAUGACUACUUGGCUGGGUCAGAGGGAAUUGAGAGCUCCUAUUUCCUGCCUAAAAGCAAGGCUAUUGAUGCCUUUCCUAUGUUGAGAAAAGAUAAUAUGAUUGGUGCCAUGGUUUACUACGAUGGCGCUCACAACGACUCUCGAAUGAACGUGUCUCUUGCGAUGACAGCUGCAUUGUAUGGAAGCACUGUUGUGAAUCACAUGCAGGUCACUGGCCUCACCAAAGAUGCCUCGGGCAAGCUGAACGGGGCACGAGUGAAAGAUAUCAUACCAGGAAAGAAUGGACAAGAGGAAGGAGAAUUUACUAUACGGGCCAAAGGCAUUAUCAAUGCGACCGGUCCCUUCACUGACUCCAUCAGGAAGAUGGACGAACCUGACGUGAAAGAAAUUGUUGCACCUAGUUCUGGGGUUCAUGUUAUAUUACCUGGAUAUUAUAGUCCUUCGAACAUGGGUCUCAUUGACCCAUCCACGUCCGAUGGCCGUGUUAUCUUCUUCCUUCCAUGGCAGGGUAACACAAUUGCUGGGACUACUGAUCAACCUACCGAAAUCACGACUCAACCUGAGCCGUCUGAAAAGGACAUCAACUGGAUUCUAUCAGAAGUCCGUGGCUACAUAGCCCCUGAUAUCAACGUUGAGCGGAGUGAUGUGCUGGCAGCAUGGUCUGGUAUUCGACCUUUGGUUCGUGAUCCUAAAGUGAAGAGCUCCGAAGCUUUGGUUCGCAACCAUCUUAUUACUGUUUCUCCGUCCGGGCUGUUGACAUGUGCGGGAGGGAAAUGGACGACUUACCGCCAAAUGGCAGAAGAAGCUGUAGACGAGGCGAUUGGUGUUUUCAAUCUUAAGCCUCGGCAUGUCUCCCAGGUUCCAGAUAUUAGUGGUGUUGGAGGCAGCGGCUUGGUGGCUGAUGGUGCCGUUCUUGACGGGUCUUGUCAGACACACCAGGUUCGCUUGAUUGGAGCCCACGGCUAUUCUAAAACGCUAUUCAUCAACCUCAUUCAACAUUUUGGUCUUGAGACUGAUGUGGCCCAGCAUCUAACACAAUCAUAUGGUGAUCGCGCUUGGCAGGUAGCAGCUUUGUCUUCACCGACGAACGCCCGCUUUCCUGUUCGCGGCCAACGUAUUUCUACGUUAUACCCCUUUAUCGAUGGCGAGGUUCGCUAUGCUGUUCGCCAUGAAUAUGCUCAAACUGCCGUUGAUGUCAUUGCUCGCAGAACUCGAUUGGCAUUCCUCAACGCUGAGGCAGCACUUGAAGCCCUUCCCAGUAUCAUUGAUUUGAUGAGCGAGGAACUCAAUUGGGAUAACAAAAGAAAAGACCUCGAGUGGAAAGAGAGUGUUGGCUUCCUUGCAUCAAUGGGGCUUCCCAAGAACUUCCUUGGAUUGUCUAGGGCCCAGGUCGAGGCGGGCAAAGUGAAGCAGGUGGAUUCUGCGGAGCACCAAGCGUCCUCUAGGACUGAUCCCCCCGCAGAUGUGCUCAAUAGUGAUCUCCACCCCGAGACUUCUGUGGCUUCUGAAGCAUCAAGUCGCUUGAUAAGUUCAGAAUCGGUUGCAAACAAAUAG